GAAGCUGGCACGGGGGGCGCGUCCUCCUCCCAAGUGGCUCCAGCGUGGGAGCCAAAGUUCCUUUUGGGCGGCAAGCCAUUGCCCUCAACCGCCUCUGUUCGGAUGUGGGAUAAGGGCGAGGGCGGCCGUAUUGCCCAAACUUUGGCUGAAGCUCUCCAACUUCCCAAGGACGUGCACGCUUUCGAGGAUGGGUCCGAGGAGUCUAUGGGGCGCCGGUUAGAGUGGCACGCCAUUGCGGCCGCUCAACUGGCUCACAUUGUGGCUGCCCGGGCACGGGAGCUUGAUGAGGAAAACGAGCGCGAGAAGGGGGCGCGGGAGUCAGCAGUGAAGACGGCUAAGGAAAAGCUGAAGAUUGCUGAGGCUGCUGAGAAGAAGGCUGCUGCUGCAGAGAAGUUCCGAGCAUUGGCCGAAAAAAGGAAUGCAGAGCUCCUGACCAAGCAAAAUGAGAUGGAAGUCAAACUAGCCGAAGCCAUCAGCCUUAACACUUCCAAUGCCGAGGAGAUAGCCGAUCUCAGGGCAGGCUUGGCGGCCGCGGAACAAAAGUGGUAUGACGUAGGUUUUGCCGACGCCAAGAAUUCCGCAGAAGUCAAAAACAGCAUAGACAAAAAAGUUCAUCAUGCUCUUAAUCUUAAUAGAAUACAAGUUCUGGCUUACAUCGAUGAUUACGCGUAG